AUGACGCCACCACGCGAGCGGCCUUCGGCCAACAUGGGGAGAGUGGAAGACGUAAUUACCGUCUGGCAACAGGAGCUGAAGGGCGAGUGCGCUCGUCGGCUAGGCGUCCUCCCACCUUUUAUCAGCACUAAUCUGAACACUCUGAAGGGACGCCUAGCCAAGGCGACCCAAGAGACUUAUGUUCUCCGGAGCGAAGGUAUUGUUGACGGUGAGAAUUUUCAAUCUUUGCAUUCGAGCAGCGGGCGUCUCCAAUCCACUCUUGGAUCUUUUCAAUCGAGCAUCUUGAGUUUCGACCCGUUGCUCGCGAGUCUGAUGGACAUCAAGUCUUCGCUCGUCUCCUUUUCAUCCAAGUCAAGCGUAGGGGCUGUACGGCCCUUGCUUGCAAAUGCCGACCGGGAGCAAUUCCAACGGGCAGACUUUCCAUCCAAUCCCGUGAAUGCGGGGGCCGGAGAUGGCGUGCAUUUGUUGAAUUCCUUAAAUGCGGAUGCAAACAAUAGCACCUCCACUCAGAGCAGCAAGCUUGUAGACGAUGGCACUGACAUCACCCACAUCCUCCUUGCUCUGAAUGCUGCAAAUGCUAAAGUGGAACGCAAACACCAAGAGUUUGCUGACCUGGCACGGCUCAUCAAGACUCUCGUCAAGUCGGUGGAAGAUGACGCGGUGGAAGAGUGCUCCAGACUCACGACUACGUUGGAGAGUCUCCGAAUCAGCUCUGAAAAGGAGCCACGUCGGGCAAAAAGCACUAACCAGCAGCGUCAGAGACAAGCCGCCGCCAAGGCAGAGCUCUUAACCAGUCGGCUCAGGAUCCAGCGGAGAAUGCACAUGUCAACAAGCCGUCAGCUGAAGAGACAGAUGGACCACAUGACUCAGGCAUCCAAGCGGAACACCAUCAGCUACGUGCAGGACAAGCUCGACCUGACCGAGCAGCUGGGACAAAAGGACGCUGAAGUCAACGAGUCGAAAACCUCUCUCCAAGAGUUGAGAAAUUCGUUUGACGAGCAGAAAGAGGCCUUAGUCAAAGAAAAGGCGAGAGCGAAACGUCUUGAUGAAGACCUUACCUCGAAGAGCACUGCCGCCACCAACGCAAAGGACGAGGUCAGACGCAUCCAAGGCCUACUCGAUGGCGCCAACUCAGAGACUAGUCGCGUCCAAGAGCUGCUCAACGGUCAGACCGCAGAGACCAGCCGCAUCCAAGUGCAGCUCGAUGGCGCCAACUCAGAGAACGACCGUCUCCAAGCGCUGGGUGACAAGUCAACUGCAGAGAACGACCGCCUCCAAGAGCUGAUCAAAGGCGCCAAUUCGGAGACCAGUCGCGUCCAAGAGCUGCUCAACGGUCAGACCGCGGAAACCGGCCGCAUCCAAGCGCUGCUGGACAGUUCGACGGCAGACAGACCGCGUCCAAGGUCUGCUCGUCGAAGAGACAGCCCGUCUAGUAGAAGCUAG